AUGUCCUCUCCAGUAACUGCGGUUGCAACUCCGCCUACUGUCCAGGCCCCUGCCCCCAUGUGGGAAGGAAAGGGGGGCAUGUCAGAUGCAUCUGAUGAUGGGGACGUUGAUGUUUUGACCGUAAAUGCAGAGGAUGGAGACCUCUUCCCGGUUCAAGGGGGUGUAGAGGGUAAGCAGGUAGAAGGGGAGCAGGAGCAGGAAGUGACCUCUCCUCUCUAUCACCAGCUUCUUUCUCGGGCGGCUGAAGCAUUAGGAAUUGACAUGCCGGUAGACCAAGGUCAGAGGGCCUCCCGGUUUGAUGAUGUGGACGCAACUCAGUCACGGCCUUUUUCUGUACCACUGCUUCCUGAUGUGGAAGACCUGGUUUUGAAACAGUUUUCAAAGCCAGCGGAAGCCCAUCGUUGGUCAGGCCUGUGCAGAAGACUGGCAGGUGUUCAUGGUAGAGAGAGGAUUGGCUGUGGUCCUCCACCUCCCAUGGAUCAGGCUCUGGGGGCCUUGAUGUCCCCCACUAAGUCAGUCUUGGGGACACCAAGUUGCCCUAGCAGAAAUACGAAGAUGAUGGAUGCCAUGCUCAAUAAGCUGCAUGGAGCCAUGGCUGUACAGGGCCAGUUGGUUAAUACUGGGGCUAUUUUAGCCUUAUAUCAACGCCAGCUGGCCAGUCAGUUGAUGGACGACUCUAGCCUAACGGCUGAAGUACAGCAAGUGUCAUCACUUCUGGUGAGACUCAUAAAGGAGCAGGCUGUGGCGACCGGUAGGGCCUUGGCUUCGCUCUGUAUGGUGAGGCGCCACCUCUGGCUGUCUCAGUCACGACUCCAAGGGGAAGACCGGGCCUGUCUACUCCGGCUGCCUGUGGUCCCAUCUGCCAUGUUUGGACCAGAUGCCCAGGCAAUGCUUCAGCAGGCUAAAGAAGCUCGCCAAUGUGCCAAGGAAAUGUCUGUCGGCGUGGUAGGGCUAGACGCCGUCAGCAAAGUGGCCAGAGCCGUGGCCAAGGGCCCCCCAGGCCAUCUACUUCUUCCUGACAAUUACCGGGUCCCUGUCCCCCCUCGCCUCCCAGACCAGCACAAACUUCCCUGGGAGACUCUUGGGGCAGACCCCUGGGUGGUAUCCACCAUGACACAGGGUUAUCGAUUGCAAUUUCUGCACCCACCCCCUCUGACAAAGUCGGCCACCUUCACGCUGGUGGCAGAUCCCCAGCGCAGGGAGGUUCUGGCGACAGAGGUCGACACUCUCUUAGUAAAGAGAGCCAUCAGGGAGGUGAUGCAGGACAAUCAUCAGGCAGGGUUUUAUUCACGGUACUUCCUCAUUCCCAAGAAGGACGGGAGGCUGAGGCCGAUUUUGGAUUUGAGGGGGCUGAACAAGUUUUUGAGGCCCCUACGUUGCAAGAUGUUGACGGUGCCGAGGGUUCGUCAAGCUGUCCUCCAAGGCGAUUGGUUUGCCAAGAUAGACCUGGAGGAUGCAUAUUUUCAGAUCCCAAUAUGGGAAGGGCACAGGCGUUAUCUCCGGUUUGCCUUCAAUGGCAGAACAUUCGAGUUCUGUGUCCUCCCAUUCGGCAUAUCACUUGCCCCACGCACGUUCACAAGGUGCAUGGAUGCGGUACUGGGACCCUUGCGUCGAGAGGGUAUUCGCAUCCUCAAUUACCUCGACGACUGGUUGGUGUGUGCUUACUCCGAGGAGCAGUGCAGCAGAGCUGUAACUCGACUCCUGCCGCACUUAGAGUACCUAGGCCUGCGUCUCAACAAGAGAAAGAGCAGACUCAAUCCCACACAAUCCACCGAGUUCCUGGGCUUGUGGUUGGAUGCCAGAGCAGGGACUCUUUCCUUGACUCCUGCAAGACGGGACGCCCUCAGGGCUUGCUUAUCCCAGUUUCAGCUUGGGGCCACGGUGACCUGGAGACUGUGUCUCCGCCUCUUGGGGUUGAUGGCUGCCACAGUGCAUGUCAUACCUCUGGCUCUUCUGAACAUGCGCCCAGUGCAGCGUUGCCUCCUGGGUCUUGGGCUUUGCCCACAGAGGGACCUGCAAGCUCGGGUGUUGGUGACACGCAGACUGCGUGCAUCUCUCCGUUGGUGGCAAGAGCCAACCAACUUGGCGCAGGGGACGGCUUUAGGACCCGUGUUGCGUCGCCAGGUAGUGUCAUCAGACGCGUCCCUGGUAGGCUGGGGGGCUGUCCGCGAAGGCAAGGGCAUCAGCGGCCUUUGGCAGGGACCCUGGUUAGCUCAGCACAUAAAUGUGUUGGAGCUGAAAGCAGUCCAUCUGGGUCUUCUGCACUUCCUGCCAGUGCUGCAGGGGCGCCAUGUGCUGGUGAGAACCGACAGUACAGCAGCAGCAGCGUACAUCAACAGGCAAGGGGGCCUGGGUUCCCCUCGCCUUUGCAGACUGGCUCGGAUAAUCUUGGAAUGGGCUCAUCCUCGGUCCAAGUCCCUGAGGGCUACACAUGUGCCGGGUCAGAUGAACCUUGCGGCAGAUCGGCUCUCAAGGGGAGGACCCCUCCCCGGAGAGUGGCGGCUGCAUCCAGAGGUUGUCAGCCAAAUAUGGGAUCGCUUCGGCACAGCCGUGGCCGACCUCUUUGCAUCCAGGGAGACCACGCAUUGUCCCCUCUUUUUUUCCAUGGGGAGGGACAAUCCUCCCUUGGGCACAGAUGCGAUGGCACAUCAGUGGCCACAGGGCCUCCUGUAUGCCUUCCCUCCUUUUGUCCUCCUGCACCACCUCCUACAGAGAGUCCGGGUGGAGGAUGUGAACCUCAUCCUGGUUGCCCCCAACUGGCCCCAGAUGGUUUGGUUUGCAGAGAUUGCACCCCUUCUUCAGGGACAACCAUGGGAACUACCCAUUCGAGGGGAUCUCCUGUCCCAGGCCCAGGGGACUCUGUUUCAUCCGUUUCCCCAGGGUCUCAGGCUUUGGGCCUGGCCCCUGAGAGGGCCGAGUUCCUAGCCAUGGGGUUUCCCCAGUCGGUGGUUGGCACUUUGCAGGGAG